AUGUCAGAUAUGGACACUAUAGUUCAUUCAUUUGAUUAUUUUGCAACAAAGUAUGAUCAUUGGCAUGUAAUAAUUAAUCAGCAGUCACAAGACAAUAUCCAUCAUCGAUCAAAAAUAGUUAAUUUACAUGCGUCAACAUAUUCGAAAAAACCACGAUGUCAACAAGAUUUUCAUUUAUCAAUAGUUCUUGGUACAUUCGACAUGCAUUCAGCAGCAACAGCAGAUGCACAACAACAUGUCUUUUAUUUUAAUAUCAGCGGUCUGCAACUUUGCAACAACGCCAAAAGUGGUUCAACUCACAAUAUCUAUAUCAUUGUUUUUAUCUCCGGUAUAAUAUUUGAUAAUCCAUCACUUAUUCUUCCUUUCAGUCGAUUACAAUCCUUCGCUAUAUCAACUAAGCAUGUGUAUUUUCCCAUGAAAAAUGCAUUCAAAUUUGUUCAACAAUUUCCAUCACUUGUUCAUAUUAGAAUGCGAGUUUUUUUACUUGAUACAUGUGUACCAAUUAUUGAUAUUCUUCUUGGUAAUUUAACUAAUUUGAUUCAUUUGAAAAUAUAUUUUAACAAAAAUACAUUACGUAAAUGA